UGAGAUGAGAAGCUGCCGCUCGCUGAUAGCAGACUGUCAAAGCAGAGGGGGUGCUUUCUGUAGGAAAUAAACACCCACAGGCUGUGCACACACACACACACACACACACACAGAUCCGAGUGCACGUCCUUCCAGCCAGCAUCCCAGACACGCUGCCCUCUGUAACCAGGAACGCCGCAGAGUAAAUGGCACUGACAAUGGAGUAAGUGAAUUAAAUCUGAUCCUGUGGAAUAAGGAUGUCUGAGACACUGUUUCAACAGGAGAGGCUCCAGGCUAUCGCAGAGAAGAGAAAGCGGCAGACAGAAAUAGAAAACAAGAAACGCCAACUGGAGGAUGAGAGACGACAACUCCAGCACCUGAAGUCCAAGGCUCUGCGGGAACGAUGGCUGCUGGAGGGAACUCCAUCAUCGGCAGCAGAGGAGGAUGAGGGAAUGAAGAAACAGCUCCAGGAGGACAAUGACAAAACUAAACAGAUGGAGGAGACCAUCCUGAGGCUGGAAAGGGAGCUUGAAUUACUGGAAAAUGGCGAAAUUGCCAUCUCAAAAGAAAACAGCAUCGAGGAGAAGCUGAAAACUGAGGAGAAGGUUUCUCCAAACAAAGGCAGUGAGUUGGCAAAACAUCACAGCAGCCCAUUGGUCAACAAGCCUGAAGGAAGCACAGAGAAGCUGAAAGCUGCAAUGUUUGCGGUGGAAAUUACUGUGGAGAAGGACAAUGUAACAGGGGAGACCAAAGUCCUGUCCACCAGCAGUGUGUCUCCCAAGAACCUCAAGCAGCAAGGCGUCAAGGUCUAUGAGGACGACCUCAAGGUGAUCCAUGAGAUGCGCAAAGGUGACGUAGCGAUGGAGAAUGGAGUCCACCUUCUCAGUACCACCGAGGUGGAUGAGCUGAUACAGAAGGCUGAUAAGGUGACAGACUACCACAAAGUGCCGGCUCCAGAGGGUAAAGGACCUCAUGGUCAGCUCCAGGCUGACAGUCAGACCCCUGAGAAGCUAAAGGCAGAUGGGAUGGCCGGAGAGAACCUUAAAAUCCUUCAGAAAACCCUGGGGGAUGGCGCGGAACCCAGCAAAGACCAGCCUGUGACCAUGAUCUUCAUGGGCUACCAGGACGUCGAGGACGAGAACGAGACCAAGAAGGUGCUUGGGUACGACGGAACGGGCAAAGCAGAGCUGGUGGUGAUCGAGGAUGGCGACGGCAAGAGUGAGAGGCCAGCAGAGAGCCAGGCCCCUCCGAACGGCACAGCUGCUGCCCAGGGCACCGAAGAGAAGGCAGACGGGAAGGGCAAAGAGGCUGUAGAUGAGGUAGAGGAUUUGAAGGAGAAGCAACGCUGUCAGUGCUGCAUUGUGAUGUGAUCGUGUCCUGUCUUAUCCUUCUUACUGUACAGUCGGAAUGUUAUAUGUUCAUAGUCUUCAGAUGCACUGUAUGUCUUCUAACGUAACACAUGCUUUAAUUGGGGAUGCAAGGAUUGCAGCCAAUCCAUCACGACUUAGCAAAGACCUGCAUUUUCAUUGGCAUUCAGUCAGGGCCUAAAUAAAAGCUACGAGCUGAUUGGCUGAAUGGUACCCUAAACAUCAUCCUAUGAGUACAGUUGAGCUUCUCUGAGUCUACCUUGGCGAUGACACGAUGGUGCUGUAAUGUCCUGUUACAUAUAUCCACAAGCAAUGUGGGAGCUGUUAUAAAUAAACCACGGGCAACCCUUUCUCAAAGCGGAAAGAUAACAAACUCACAAUUGAACCCUUUCCAGUGACACUUAUUCAAGCUGUUGGGCAGGGAGUAGUGUUUGUCUGUGAUCAAAGGUUGGUAAGUCAGCAGACCCAAAGCUCAUCAAUGACUUAAACUGUGUCCUUUAAAAGUAGCCCAUAGAAUCAUAGAAUCCAUACAGUGUAUAAGCAGACCAUUCAGCCCAUCAAGUCCAUGCUGACCCACCAAAGAGUAGUCCACCCAAACCCAUUCUAUCCCUUUAACCCUACAUUUCCCAAGGCUAACCCACCUAGCCUACAUAUCCCUGGGCACUAUGGGCAAUUGCCCAUGGCCAACACAUCUUUGGACCUUCUUUUCUUUCAUUGUCCCUCACCAAAAGUGAACAAUUGGGAGGAGGGGCUUAAACAGUUUCAAAAAGGGUAGAGUUGUUAAAUUCAAACAUGAAUAAAGUUCUAAUUUGAAAAUGGUCAGAGUGAAGGCCUCAGAAGCAAAGUGAAAAUGGAUGGCUGGAUUGAAUUAUUUUAGUUCUCUCAAAAUCCGAUUUUAAUUGUGUCAUUUAGUCAUUGAGGGAUAGAGUUACAGUAAUAAAACCAGGUCUACCAUUAUCUUAGCAUCAAUAAGUAAAUGGGUUUUGUAUUUUAGUUAAUCUCAUUACACUAUUAACCCAGAGACCCUAGGAAUUUUCUGGGAUAGCCAGGUUCAAAUCCUGCAAUAGCUGAUGGUGGAAUUUGAAUUCAAUAAAAAUCUGGAAUUAGGAACCUACUGAUGGGUCAUGAUGAUCAUUGUGGAUUGUUGGAAUAAACCAUCUGCUUCACUAAGGUCCUUCGGGAAGGAAAUUAUCAUCCUUACCUGGUCUGGCCUGCGCAUGAUUCCAGACCCACAGCAAUGUGGUCAACACUUAACUGCCCUCAGGGAAUUCAGGGAGGAGUAAUAAAUUCUGGCCUAACCAUUGAUACCCUCAUCUUGCGAAUGAACUAAAACAAACCUCAACAGAAAACAGACUAAGUCAGCCAAGGGGGAUGUUUCUGGGAAUCUGCUAGCAAUGUAAGGGUUAAAAAGUGACACAGUAAAAACUCAUGGUAAAACGUUUCCAAGUUCAUUCUUCUGCCUUCUGGUCAACCUGGAAACUGGACUGUACACAAAUUUGUGAUGUUUGGUGUUUGCUUUAAUGCAGUGAGUCCCACCUUCUCCUUUCCAAGUCAUAUCAAUGUGAAUGAGUUCCAUCCUUUAUUGAGCCACAGUGCCAAUGAGUUCGAUCUCUUUACUUCAUGGUAAUAUAUGAUGCCUUAAAUGAUCCGAAUAAGCAAAAAUAAACUAAUGUCGAUACUGUCGUUUGGUCAUUUUGGAUCGUAACCAGUUUGCCAAAGAGGUUGUGAUGUCUCGCAGAAAAGCUGUUGCUGGAUAAGCAUGGUGGAGUUAAUAGAUGAAUAUUCAGCAUCAUGGAGCAGGGGGACCCCUGCUAUUAAGUAAUAGGCUAGAUUGUUCAUGAGAACCCCUGAAACUAGAUUAAUGGCAGUUUUUGUCCAACAUGCCUUUUAUUUCCUUCCUACUGCUCAAGCCACAGUUUUAGUGAAAUGACACCAGUAAUUUCUCCACAGACAGGAAUCAUUUGACUGGAUUCCUUCAGAACAUUUACUGCUUAGUCCAUUUCUCCAGACCGUGCAUUGGCUAAUUUUUAGCACUGAACUCAUAUCUUAGACAUACAAGAUGGUUGACAACUGAAUUUUCAUUAACUUUGAAUGACUCUGUUAAUGUAUAUGUACUGUCAAUGUUAAAUUACUUUUUUUUCUACAUUGAGAUUUCGGUCUGAUCAAUGUCAAACUGGCAGCUGGGAUCUUUUAGUCAGCUUGAAAAUUUGCCUGUGCAGUUUGGAUUUUCUGAAUCAUUGCAUCCCUAAUUUUGAAACACUUUUAUACAUCACACUUAGUCUUGAACCAGAUCAAUCUAUCCUUUACACUGCCAGUCACCAUGCACUACUCUCAGCGUAUAUGUAUGAUGUGAUAAAUGGGACAAUUUUAUUUUUCUUUGCAUGUUCUGUAGUUCCAAGCUAAUUACAGAUCAUUGUGAAAGCAAUUAACUGAUGGUGUUCUUUGUUAAUCCUACUGCAAUCUGUCUGCAAUUCUUUUUUACAUCCAUCCAAAGGGUUCAAUGAGACUAGAGACCGAUUGUAACACUGCUACUUAGGUGAAGAUUCUCAGUCCACUUUCUGCUCCAGAUGGUAAUUAAAUCAAAUCUGAAUUGACCAUUUAUCUAGAUUCAAGAUUCAAAUACUAGUGAUGUGAUACAAACCUUAUUGAUUCCUCAAUCACUCUAAAUCCAAUCCAGAUUAAAUCUGACCUGUGCAAAUACACAAACUUGAAUUUACACAGGAGCACCACUUGAAGUUGUGGAUCUGAUUGUUCCUGAGCUGAGUUCACUUUGUGUGAAUGUGUGAGCUGAAGUGCCUGCGUGUUUCUGCCUAUGUGUUUUUGUGUUUCUUAGUAUGUGCGUAGUGCGUGUUUGAAUAAUGCCUUUUAUGCACUUGCCUGUAUGAACGUGCUUGAGUCCAUCUGUAGUUACCUGUUUAUGUAGACGCCUGUAUCUAUGUAAGUGCGUGUGAGAUUUUGUUUGUGUGUGUGUGUGUGUACAAGUGUGUAUGAGAGUGUGGUUGUGUGAGAGACAGUAACUCAGAAAUACUGGGAACUCACUUUUCAUUCCUCUCAUGUUCCUGGUCACAUUAUUGUUUCCAUGGUGAUUACAGGCUUUACCAAAGACUGCACCAAAUGAUGUUGCUACGAAAGUUGUUUUCAUUUAUUGUAAAUGGGAGUGAGCAAGACAAUCAAAUUUCUUUAUAAUGGUUUCCCCAAUUUGUUGCUCUCCAUGAACUAUAAUUGAAAAUGCCCAACCUAUUAUUGGAGAAAUCACUAUAUAUAAUAGAUCUAUAAACACUAAUAUCUACUUUUAAACACAAUGCCUUGGGAAUGGCUUUGGCCCUCUUUAGAUUUCCCAAACCUGGUAGUGAUGAAUUCGAUAGACUCCAUCGUACAUGCGAGCAUGCUCAUUAGAUAAUAAAGCAGUCCCAUUUUAUUCCAUGCAUUCCAGAGGCCUGUGGCACAAGUGAUCUCACAUAAAUUCUUCGGUAUUGCACGUGUGUAAGCGUGAAGUGCACUUGUGCACCAUGUCUGUGAUGUGCUUCCGGAUUUCUGAGACAUUGGGGCUCCAGCUCUCUGUAGCUGAGAGGCAAAAUCAAUCAGAGUGCAGAUUCCCUUCAUGUGUCAGGCAUUAGGCUUUGUGACCAAUUUGUGUUCUUUGUUGUUUAGUGCUGUUGGAAACCCUUAGUAAUUUCUGCUGUGUUACACCCGCUUCCAAAAUCCUAUAGCAUAUCAAUGGGUUCUUUGGGGCUUUAAAACACAUUGUUGAAAAGUCUAUUUUACAACAUUCAGCCAGAUAAGCAUAUUCCUAGUAUUAAAGCAGAUUGGAGCGUGGACAAUGAGUACUUUUGAUUACAAGUUGCGAGUGAUUGUCUAACUUUUAUGUUUAAAAUGCUUUGUGUUUUUUUAAAACAAAAGAAAAUCAGUUCCCAUUGAAAACUUUAGUAAAAGAAAGUUUAAUGCAUAUAUUUUUGUUAUGACAUCUUACAAUUACUAUUAAUUUGUGUUGUGUGCAUACACACAUGCGGUUCACACAAAAACACAUAUAUGCACACACCCACACACACAGAGUCUCACAUGCACACGCAUGCACACACAUGGACAUGCAUACAAACACACACACACAUACGCGCACACCCACACACACAGUGUCUCACAUGUGCAUGCAUGCACACACAUGCACACACACACACACACACACACACACACACAGUGUCUCACAUGCACAUGCAUACAAACACACACACAAACACACCUCAAUAUGGUUGUCUGAGGUGUCCAAAUGCUUAUUUGGUAAAACAUACUCUCUGGAUUCAUACAGGACAAAUUAUACAUGCUGUACAAUGUUUGCUCUAUAUUACAGAAUCUAAACAAAUUCUAUAGGAUGAGUUCAACACCUACAGAAUGUUUUGUUUCGUGUGAGGGAAGUUGUUUGAGGUGUGUGUUACAGUCAAUUCCCCUUUGAAGCAUCUGGCAAUGAGACUAGCUGCCCUAUUCAUCUUGUUCAUUCGGGUAUGUUCUCCUUAAGGCUCACUUUCACAAGUGGAUCAUCUUCCAACAACUAACUGAGACAAAAUGUAAUGAAAAGUUUUAACUAGAAGAUCUAAGAACUUGAUUAUGUGUACCAUUGAUGUGAAUAAUCUGACAGUUUAUUCCCAUUGAUGCAUAGCUAGAAUCUGCCAUAUGUAAGAGAUAAACACAAGUAUUAAAUGCCAAUGUUUUCUUAAAAGGUUGGGACUAUAAACAAUUGGAAGGAAAAUUAAUAAGUUAAAUUAUAGAACUUGAAACUGCUGUUGCCACAUGCGCCCAAGUGGAGUUGACUGUAUUUAACUGUUUGGAACAAUGUGAAAUUUAAUAUGCAAAACUGUAUAGUAAUCGAAAAUAAAAUCUAGAUGUGAUUAAA